UGUAGUGAUUCCCCGGUGAUAAUCUUCGCGACUUUCACUCGUUCUCCAGUCAGUUUUCAGGCAAAAUCCCGGGAAGAGAGGGCAUUUUCUGACCAGAAAUGGUUGUCUUUAUUGUGGCCACUGCCGAGGAGUACGGCAAGCUGAUCAGUUCCUCCAAGCCCACCGUGGCGAUCUUCACGGCGGACUGGGCGGAGCAGUGCAAGCAAGUCCUGGACAUUGCCACGGAUCUGUCGGCGCAGCCGGCCUACGCGGAUGUGCAGUUCAUCAGCGUGCCGGCGGAGGAAUUGUCGGAGAUCUCCAUGAAGCACCAGAUCGAGGCUGUGCCCACAGUUGUGUUCUUCCGCGCGGGCAGCGCGCUGGACCGCGUGGAUGGCGUGCAGAUUGCCGCCUUCACCAGCAAGUGCGAGAAGCUGGCGGGUGUGGCGACGUCGGAGAAGGGGAAACUCGAGGAGCGCCUGAAGGCGCUGAUUAGUCGCCAUCCGGUGAUGAUCUUCAUGAAGGGCGAUCGCAGUGCGCCGCGCUGCGGCUUCUCCAAGCAGCUCAUCGCCAUUGUCAACGAGACGGGCGUCUCGUACGACACCUUCGACAUUCUCACAGACGAGGACGUGCGACAGGGCCUGAAGACCUUCUCGGACUGGCCCACGUAUCCGCAGGUGUACGUGAAGGGCGAGCUGAUCGGCGGCCUGGACAUCGUCAAGGAGCUGCUCGCGUCCGGAGAGCUCAAGGCAACACUCGCCGGCUGAGCGCGUCCGGAAGGCGGUCUUGGGCAGGUUUUGGAACACACGAGGGAUGAAUAAAUUGAAAUUUUUAGUAUA